AUGCGUUCGUUGCUUUACCUUGGUGCGGGAGCCCUACUCUCGCUUUCGUGGUUCACUUUUGCGGAUGGACUUCUUAUGGCAAAACAGAUUGGCGUUCCGUACAAUUUCUUAAUGUGGUUACCUUCUAUUAUGAUUUUGUGCGGGAUGUUCGUGCUCAGAUUUGUGGAUGCAAAGGUGAUCGCUGAGGCAGAUGCCUUAAUGGAGGACGGUAAUGCGCCACGCGAGAAAACGUUUUUCUUUGUUGGUGCUUUGUUGAUAGUCGGAGGUUUCGCAGUGGCUCUUUGGAAGGCGAUUGAUCCUUACGCCGAGACUAGCAGCUCAUGGCCUGGUGUUUCUCUCGUGAUUCAGAGCGUGCUUCUUGCCUUGUGCAGUGGACUUCUUUUUUUAGUGGAAGUGCAGAGGAAUGAGGACUGA